AAAAAAAAAACAGCCUAUGCUGGAAGGCUAAAUUCAUGACUCUGCAUAUAUUUAAUCUCUGUGCAACUGCUAACAUUGAUUUAGCAAGAGGGAAGAAGUGCAAUGUACUCCUGUAAGUGCUCUGUUACCCCUCACAAAAUGCUGACACUAAUACUGGGCACUAAGUUUUGAUUUCGAGUUAAAGACAAGGCCUAUUUUCAGGAUAAGUCCUAGAUAUUUGAUGGGUGGGGGUCCGAAAGCUAGCAGCCCUGCCGAUAAGUUGUUUUGAAGAAGCCUCUGCACUCUGGUGAGUGCUGUGACCAGGGGCGGAUUGGCCAUAGACUUUGCAGGGAAAUACAUCAAUGAAAAAGGCUGCUUAGCCGAAACGCGUCCUAGAAUAUGGGACAUAUUGUUACUUUGCAAUAAAUUCCUAAUGAGCAUAAAGUCACGUCUGCUGGGAUUCUUCACUUUAUUGAACGUGGAAUUGGUCCUGUCCCGUGCGGUGUGCAUCAAUCGAGUGCUGGACGAUUUAUCCUUAUACCUGACUGAAGGAACGUGCACCGCUGUCUCCAGAUGACUUCUGAUAUUUCAACAUUGAGCUUUGCAGAUGCCGAUGCUGAGAGGAUACUCUCCCAAGUGACAUCCACAUCAGAAUUUUUGAACAUCCCCACAAGCGAAUUCCAGAAGCGGCACUGGGAACGCGAACGAAGAAGACUCACCUCGUAUGAACUACAUGCGACUACCCUGGCAGAGUACUUUAAGGUCAAAAGGAUCCCAAGAGGCUUAAGGGUACAUUUACGCCCUACAUUUUUUCCUAACGAUCCUGAAAAUAGCAGAGACUUUGAGAAGAUUAUCAACAAAUGUUCAUAUGACCUUAUCUUACUAACAAUUAAUCGCAUACAUACGGCGGUGACUGAAUUGCAGACACAGAUCUCAGUAACUGAACAACAGCUGAGAGAUUCUUUAACCUCUGAAGAAUUCGGUAAAUUGAAGGAGUCCGUGGAUACUUAUAUUUCUACCUACAGGAGAGAAACGGAGGAAAAGAAAAGGUCCAAGUUCCUGCGUGAUAGUGAAGACUAUCAUCUAAACCGGGUAUACAAAUGGCAAGAUCCCUCAUGGCAUCAGAAGCCGGGUUACAGAAGGCCUCCAAGACCUGGAUCCUUUACUUCCAGCUCCGGAAGCGAAUCCACGGGACUGCAAGAUACCCAUUCUUUUUUACGGAGAGGCAGUCGGCGUCCACGAGGAGGAGGAAGCGCGCGGGGCGCAAACACCACAGACACCACAGCAAUGCCGGGACCGAGCCAAGUGAUUCAAACCCGUUCUCAGACAUCUACCACCCAAUGAAGGAUUUCUCUGCUGAGAUGGUAUUUAUAAUAUAUGUUCUGAUACAAUUCUUGUGCUGCUAUCUGAUUAUGGAUAUUCUAUGUUACUUUGAGUGUACCACCCCUAUCUGGGCGUCUGACGUCACGGGGAGGUUCCCUAUCCUCAUGCAUCGAUGUGUGUUUAUAUACCUGUGCUUUGUAAUGGACACUUACCUGUUGAAAAAGGCUGCUUAGCCGAAACGCGUCCUAGAAUAUGGGACAUAGUUACUUUGCAAUAAAUUCCUAAUGAGCAUAAAGUCACGUCUGCUGGGAUUCUUCACUUUAUUGAACGUGGAAUGGCUCCUGUCCCGUGCGGCGUGCAACAAGCGAGUGCUGGCCGAUUUAUCCUUACAUCAAUAUAUUGAGGCCCCAAGGAUCCGUUUUAUGGAUGCACUGGGAACUGUCCCGAUCUAUACGGCAGAUGGAUACAAAAGACGCAGUGUGAAAAGAGCCUUACAGCUGCAGUACUCGUGGCUCCUGGUGGGUACCGUACAGAGGUUAUCAGGACGUCAUGCAUUGCUCAUGGCGGUGUUUACCGGAAUCAGAGCAGUAAAACAAAGGUUUACUUUGGAUGAACCUGAGGUGACGCUAAACUUACAUUGACCCAUGAGCGUGAGUCACUCUGAUGGCAAAUGGUAUGUCCAAUCUUUCAUUUAUAAUGGUGCGCUGGAAAAAUACCACUGCAGUUUUUUAUGCCGUUUUUGAGCCAAAGCCAGAAGUGGAUCCAAUAGGAGGAAGAAGUAGAAGUUCUUCCAUUAUAUUUUGAAUCCAGUUCUGGUUUUGACUCCAAAAAAACAGUAUUAAAAAUUGUGGUGAUGUUACAAACGUAAAUGGCUGUUGUUUAAAGGGUUUGUCGUCCAUCUCAACAUUUAUGGCACAUCACUAGUAUAGACCACAAAUGUUGGGGGCGGGUCUUACCUCUGCUCCUGUCUCCAGGGAGGGGCCUCCAGAGUGAAAAGAGAAAAGCUGCACAUGCGCAGCAUCCUUUCCAUUCACUGCUAUGGGACUGCUGGGAAUAGGUGAACUACAGUGGUGAAAGGAGAGGUGGCGUCUGCUCGUCUUCACCUCAGGGGUCCUGCUCUGGGGAUAGGAGUGGGUCCCAGAGGUGAGACCUGCACUUAUCUGACAUUUAUGGCAUGUCUUUGAAGUAUACCCUAAAUCUU